AUGGAAGCCACUGUGGCCAACACCCUGCACGUCACCUCCUCGGCCAUCUCCUUCCUGACCUGCCUCGUCGUCCUGCUCUGCCUGCUCCGCCCGGCAAGCGUCGGCACCGGGCAACCGCUGGCCGCCAGCCGCACAGCAGCCGGCGCUUGGCACAAGGACUGCCUCCUGGCCGUGGCCGAUGGCUGGUGGCAGCGCACUCCGCCAAAAGUCCCAAUCCCUGAUCUGCCCCUCAACAUAGCCGUGCGCAACUUGGCUGACGCAUUCACAGCAUUCAACGAAUCGCUGGCAUACCAGUGGGGAUGGCACCUAUACACCCGCUGCGACAUACGCCGCCGCAGCCGCAGCGAGAUUGCAGAUUUGUUGAGGAGCAGGCGGCUGGCAUUCAUGGGAGACAGCCACGUGCGGCAGUUCCACAACUGGCUGGUCCAGGCCGUUGGCGGCAAGCCGUAUUUUGUGCCAGCCAAGCUGCCUGAGUCGCAGCACAACAGCGUGCAGGUGGUGCCUGCGCUGAACACGACUGUACAAAUCAACAUGACCCACUUGGCCUCGGAGAUACAUAGAUACCUGGAGGCAUGGAGCGGGCAGUGGCCAGACCUGCUGCUCAUGGAUGCGUCUGUGUGGCACCUGUACACGCUGAAGAACAUCAGCGAGUACACGCGGCAGAUGGAUGGGCUGCUGGGCUUCCUGAAAGCCGAGGUCCCGCCGACCACGGUGCUCAUCUGGCUCUCCCCGCCGCCGCGGCACACGCUCAAGGCGCCCUGGUGGAACGAGCUGCCGGCAGAGUGGAUCCGCCUGUACAAUCGCGUGGCUGUGGACCUGGGGUUCAUGUACCCGACUGGCCCUGCGCACCACCUGGACCUGUACAGCCUUGCCUUGGACUGCUUGCCGUGGUGUUCAAAGGAUGGCUUGCAUGUGGUGGACAGCGGUUACGAGCUGGCGCUGCAAAUACUGGCCAACCUGCUGGCGCAGCUGGAGGGGUGGCGGUAG